ACAUAGGUACCUAUUGCUAGCGAUAGAUUAUAUUAAUAAUACCAUAUAUUAAGUAUCUACCUAGUAGUGAAGUAUCUUCGACUGCCGAGGCUUAAGUUGUGGCUUAAGUUAUCGAGGGGCAUAAGGUUACUUACUGCAUUAGCUCAAUCAUCCUAUGGUAGCAACAUCCAAGUAUCCCAAGCCUUGGCCCUUGUCAACUUGUCAACGGUUGAAUCGCACUUCAUACCCAAACAACAAUGUCGCUGUGAUCGAGCGCCAACAUUCCCCUUGCCAUGUUUUCAUCCUCGGGCAGCGGCAAGAAGCCGCCAUCCCAGCAGGAAAUGAUUCAAGUCGAUAGAUCUGAGUCGGCUUCGCCUUUCUGGCGUGCUCAGAGAGAAAGCACCCCGAAGAGAGUAGGCCGAGAUCCCAAUCUUGUCGUCGGUGCCGCCUACUCCCAUGCGGAUAUGCUCAAGCUAGAUAACCUGACUCUGUCUGGCUCCUCAUCCCGACCAAGAACCCCUCCUUCUUCCUCUUCGCAAAAACUCCGAACUAGCGACGUCAGCUCACCACCGCCAAAGUCUUCAUCUGGAUUAUCUUCUCCUCCUUUGAAAUCAUAUUUUAGCUUCUUGUCUAACACAAAUCGAGAUUGGGACGUUGGGGACCCUGAAAUGCCUGAGGGGGACGAUAUGCUUGGAUACGAAGACGAUGAUGGAGACGAGUUUGGUCUCCCAAGCUUGUCUAACAUGCGACGUCGCUCUCGACGGGCAGCAGCAGCAGCCCAAAGUAGUUCCUCUUCGCCUUUCCAAACAACACCCCUUGAUGCUGCGCUUGGUUUGCCAAACAGACGUUAUUCGAAUAGUGCCGACAUAGCUAUCGAACGACCAACAUCGACCUACCCGAUGCCGAAGAAGAGUGAAGGGAAAAUCCUUAGACCACAAUACAAAGAUAUUCUCAAAGAUCCAGCCAAUGCUCUGCAUCUUAUCGAUCAUCCAGCGACCCCACCCAACGCAACUCCCAAGGAAAUCGAUGCCAUAAAUUCUCGUAUAACGAAAAUCAACAAAUUCAAAAAGAUUCUUCAGGCUAGCACGAUACCAUUGGUUGAUCUCAGAGCUUUGGCGUGGGGUGGUGUCCCUGAAGAAGUUCGGGCUAUGACAUGGCAACUCUUGUUAAGUUAUCUACCAACUAGCAGCGAAAGGCGUGUCGCAACACUCGAACGAAAGCGGAAAGAAUAUCUUGACGGCGUGCGUCAAGCUUUCGAACGAGGAGGGGCAAACCCCGCUUCUAGUGGUCGAUCAAGAGGUCUUGAUGAAGCGAUAUGGCAUCAGAUCAGUAUAGAUGUCCCCAGGACUAAUCCUCACAUUGAGCUAUACAGCUAUGAAGCAACACAACGAUCAUUAGAGCGAAUACUAUACCUUUGGGCUAUUCGACACCCAGCGAGCGGCUACGUACAAGGAAUUAAUGACUUGGUAACUCCCUUCUGGGAAGUUUUUCUAGGCACAUACAUCACGGAUUGCAACAUUGAAAGUGGCAUGGACCCGGGACAACUGCCGAAGGCCGUGCUGGACGCAGUGGAAGCCGACUCGUUUUGGUGCCUGACGAAACUACUUGACGGAAUUCAGGAUCAUUACAUCGUUGCCCAACCUGGUAUUCAACGACAAGUUGCUGCACUCCGGGAUCUUACCGCUAGGAUCGAUGAAGGACUCGCAAAGCACCUUGAGAAUGAACAUGUAGAGUUUAUUCAAUUUAGUUUCCGUUGGAUGAAUUGCCUUCUCAUGAGAGAGAUUAGUGUCCGAAACACCAUUCGGAUGUGGGAUACUUACCUAGCUGAGGAACAAGGCUUCUCAGAAUUUCACUUAUACGUCUGUGCAGCGUUUCUCGUGAAAUGGUCAACCAAGUUGGUAAAGAUGGAUUUCCAGGAGAUCAUGAUGUUCCUACAGGCGUUGCCCACUCGCGAUUGGACCGAGAAAGAUAUAGAGCUAUUGCUUAGCGAAGCCUACAUUUGGCAAAGCCUAUUCAAGAAUUCGUCUGCGCACCUGAGAGGCGGUCCUAGCCGAGCUCCUACGACCAACCUACAGCUAUAAUUAUAUCGGAAGCUUAGCUAUGUACAGUACUUUAUACUAUCGCUCACUCGGAUAAUUCGGUCUCAGUCCGCUCGGGUUAGCGUACAGGCAACACUUGAUCACCAGCAGGUGCAACUAUUUUGAUCAAUAUGGGUAAUUUACGGUUUGGGGCACACUAGAAUUUUUUGUGCAUUCGGAGCAAGGGGCAGCUGAACUUGUUUAGUAAACAAGCCUGUCCCCAACGGUGUUCCGGGUCAGCCACGUAUCACAAUGAAACACCGUCUGGGAACCCCUUUUAAAUCCUGAUCCACGACACUAAGAUCCGCAUCACGCUGGUUAUGGCUUAGAAAAUCUACCUUACGAAACUCAUAUCCUCACCUCAAUGCCUUAUAACCCGAUUCCUUU